UUUCUUGAUAUUUUUGAUGUUAUGCAGCAAUGGCAGACUUGGGUUCAAGUGAGGAGUUGAGGAAGAUCUCUGCACUGAGGAGGAAAGAGAAGGAGAUAAAGGAAAACCUGAGUCAGAAACUUGAGGAGCUGAAGGGCAUCUGCUUGAGAGAAGCAGAGCUGACUGGCAGGCUUCCGGAGGAGUUCCCCUUAUCUCCAGGUGAAACGGCCCCUACGGUCCGCCACAGGGUGGGGGCCAUGUUCAAGCUCAACGACAUUCCCCUGAAUGGGGACCCUUACUUGAGGAGCUUGGAGAUGGGUUAUGCUGUACAGCAGAAGAUUGUGGAGGCAUCUAACAGUCUGGCAGCUGAGGCUAAACAGCACAAGUCAGUGAAGAAGGCGAGAAGGAGAAACUGCCUGAAAGCUAUGCGGAAACUUAGUGACAUAAAGGAAGAAAUGGACCACUACAGUGCUCAAAUGAAAGAGACGUCAACACACACUAGUUGCCCAAUCACCGACGGCACUCAUUGUGAGGGUAGCUUGGUGCAGUGCUCAUCCCAGCAACUGGCACAGUCUUCAUCUAGUGACCUGCAAAGCGAUGUGGCCUCCGGCAGAUGGAGCUGCAGUGACACUGCAGAGGGUCCAAAUGCAAACCCCGGAAGAAUCUUAUUGGCCCAUAGUAGCCCUUUCAAAGAUCCAUCCAGAUACCCCAGAGUCAUUACCCAGCAUUCCCACUGCAGCACCAGGCUAAGAUUUGAGAGCGAUGACCAGCUAUUUCUGCAGUUUGAUGAACAUUCAAAGGCAAAGUCUAAUAUCACAGCCGUCUUAACCACCCUGGCCCAUACCAGCACUGGCAAUGAUGUCCUGGACCACAGUUUGUCGGGUUCGAACCAGCUCAAUAAAGAUUUCAAUUGUCCAGCAUACAGUCCCAAUUGUACUCUAGACUCUAGCAUCUGGAGGCAGCCAUAUCAUAAAAAUGGAAUCAUCCCUGUCAGCUGUAGUAAUAUGCCCAACCUGGUGUGUAACAUCUGCUGCCCUGAGUACCAGGUCCUGCCUUGGAGAUCUUCCACUGCACAUCGCUUCGUUGGGUGCUCCUGCGGUAUUCACUCCAGCUCUGAUUACGGAACCUGUCAGUCUGCCCAUCAUCAGGAGGGCGGCCAUGUUAUUAGGCCUGCAUGCAGAAAUGGACACAGUGUAUAUGAGGAAACAGAGAGCUUCCCCCACAGUUUCUAUACCACAGUCCCUAGGCAGGUAUCCAAGAGCAUGCAACGGGCCCGUGUGGCAGAACACCUCCAAGACUGGUAUCAGCGUAGUGUGUCACAAUGGAACUUGGCCUGCAGUCUGCAGGGUAGGUUUACCUAUGAGAGGAGUCCUAUGAAGAACCUGGGCUACCAGACCGUAUCAUCCCAUCUGAGAUACUCAAGGAAGGCUCCUUCCAAAAGCUCAGGUAUGAAGCAGCUGCCUGAUUCCUGAAAACUGUGAUGCCUUGGCACGAUGGGUUCAUUUGGAAAAGGGUGAGAAACUCGUAUCCUGUUACAAGUGGUCUGUGUCACCUGCAGUGAGCCAUUUGUGUGCGGCCUGCUGUGCCUUCACCUGAACGACUGCUCUGAGAAGUACUUUUUCUUGGAAAUGGACCCCCAGAACAAGGCUGGGCAACAGUACAACAGACCCUCUUUUAAGAUAUUUACAUGAAUUUCGUAGUUGAGCACUUUUGGACGGAUGAAAAUUCUGCAGGGCUGAGGCUGUACAGAACUGCAACUGAGAAUGUUUUUGUUUUACAUAGCUGAGGCCUGUGUUUAUUUUGGUUUAUUUGGCCUGUAAGGCAACAACAGUGCAGUCUUUUUUAUAUAUUUCUAUCAUCCAAAUAACAGUAUACUUUUGGUCCAUUUCUGGUUGAACCAAUUUUGCUAUAUCAAAAUUAAUAACAAAGAAAUACAUAAAGCUUGCACUAUACCUUAAACUUGUAGCAGAUUAAAAUAUUUGUGUCUUGUUUUGCUUUGAAUGUUACACACUUCUGAUCAUACAUCCACUUGAACAAAGUGAACCAGUUGGUGAAGGACUCAUGACUAGCGGAUAGAUGUCUGGAAAUCAAGUGAAACACCUUUAGCAGGUGCUGUCUAACCACAGUCUGACCUUGUAGUGUGAUCAUUCUGUCUGCUGUCUGUAUGUGCUCUCGCCCACCAUCUUGUGUUCUGAGGGUAAUCUGAGACGUCACAGAAACAAAAGAGCUACUGUGCACUGUGCUGAGACUUGUAAAUCCUGCAGAUGACUGAAUUAUGCUUAAUGAAUUUUAGAAUGCCUUUAGUGUUUUAGACAAGGCUUCUUUUACUAGGAAUUCAGACUGUUAGACAGAUCAUGAAAUGAGUCACAUACUGUCCUGUCCUGAAUAUUGUGGCUAUGGGUAGAGUGACUAAAGCAUCUCAUGAUGGUAAAUGGUAAAAUAAAAAAAACAAAACAAAAAAAACAAAACAAAAGAAAAGCAUCUGGUUAGACCAAACUUGUAGAAGCACGACUACGCCAAAGGGCAUUGUAUGGCUUGGUGGAAACAGGAAUCCGGAGACAAAGCCAUUUACACUUUACAUGCAUGGGUGGUUCCCUUAUACUUUCUCACAGAUUUCACAUUUAAUGUUACCUUCAACCCACUUGACCAGAUGUUUCCAUAUGGAAGCAACAGAUGUCACCUCCUUCACAGAUCAGACAAUAGACUCUCACUGUAUUCGGUGCCAAUCGUUCUACUGGAGCUACAAGUCACGACUGUAUUGUUAUGCCACCGCUACCAGCAUGGGAGGGACUGGUAGCCGGGGCAGCUGCCCUAGUGCCCGGGCCCCCACCAGCGACGUCGACCCCCCCCCGACUAAAAAGGUCUCAUAUAUAUGCAAAAACAUCGGUGCAGAUAAAGGCACUGAUGUCAUACAGAUUGUGUGAGUUCUUGACAUGCUACUUUUAUAUCUCUCAUUUUUAUGUAUACAAUCUCACACACACACACACACGCACACAGGUUUGUGUAUCUUUGUGGGGACAUUCCUUUCAUUAGAAAAAUCUAAUCCCCACAAUGUCAAAAUAACAGAUUUUUAUCACACGUUGUGGGGGACAGUUUGUCCCCACUAUGUAAUAUAAACCAAAUACACACACACACACACAC